UCCGUCCUUGAUGCUACAUUUUGCGGCUCGUAUAAAUGUGUGCUAAUGAGGUCUUGCGUUGAAAAUAGCGUGUAAUUCAUGCUAAGAAAUAUGUCAUUAAGACGUAUUUAAAACUUCGUAGAAGUAGAAAGCAGGAAGUAAUUUUGGAGAGCAUACAUUCCGAAUCAGUUAUAAUCUGAAUACGAAGUGCUGCAGCAGUAUGAAGUAGGAGGUUAAAGAGAAGCAUACACUUCAUAACAAAUAUAACAAUCUGUUGGAAAGCAUAAAAUGGAUGUCAUCAAGACCGAACCAUGUUCAGAUAUGAAGGUAGAAAGAAUGUCCCCACUAAGUGAAUAUUCAUAUUUUGAUAUCACUCAUAAGGAUUUGGUGUCUGUGGUAAAGAAUGAAGAUAUGUGUAAUAUGGAUGUGUGUAAAUUGGAACCUGAGCCAUGUAUUGAUGAUCAACCAGUAUUCUCUCUCAGUGAUGAUAAACUGAUUAGCACGAAAGAGGAAGAGUCCCCAGUACCAACAGCAUGUUCAUCAGGAGAGAGGAAAGUUAAAGAAGGGUUGUGGUGUGUUUCUGGUGUUGAGUCAGCUAUGAAUCUACCAGUCAAAGAUGAGUUAGAUGAAGAAAUAACAAUAGAGGAACAUGAAGUGAGGCUGGACAGUGAGGACACAGCUGUUUGUAGAACAGAAGACAUUUAUAAAGGAGACGGCUCUUCAGUGGAAUCAGUACAAAAGCCACAUAUAUGUAAUAUAUGCCACAAGUCGUUUCGAUGUCCAUCUUUUCUUGUUCAUCAUUAUCGAUCACAUACUGGAGAGAAGCCAUAUGCCUGUGAGAUAUGUAACAAGACCUUUUCCCAAAAAUCAAACAUGAAGGUACAUAAGCGAAUUCAUACUGGGGAAAUGCCCUACACAUGCAGUACGUGCAACAAAUCAUUCAAACAAUAUUCUUGUUUUGUUGCACAUCUGCGGGGUCACACUGGUGAAAAGCCUUACACUUGUGAGGUUUGUAACAAACGAUUUCCACACCUUUCUUCACUUCGUCGUCACCAUCGAAAACAUACAGGCGAGAAACCAUACAAAUGUGAUAUAUGCAAUAAGGUAUUUUGUGAUCGGUCUCAAAUUGUGUAUCAUAUAAUGUCUCAUAUGGGAGAGUUGCCCCUCAAAUGUGAUAGAUGUAACAAAGGGUUUUCCACUAGAUCAACCUUGUAUGUACACCAGAAUACACAUACAGGACUUAAGCCAUAUAAAUGUGAAUUAUGUUUGAAAAAAUUUGCUGAUAGUUCAAACUUUGCUAGACAUUUGCGGACUCAUACCGGCCAUAAACCAUUUAAAUGCGAUGUGUGCAGCAAAACUUUUGCUCAAAGUUCAGGCUUAUUACUUCAUUCGCGGACCCACACUGGAGAGAAACCCUAUUCAUGUAAAGUUUGCAACAAAGUGUUUUCUCGUUCAGCACAUGUUACCAGGCAUGUGUUGAUUCACACUGGCGAGAAACUAUAUGCGUGUAGUAUUUGUGGUAAAGCCUUCCAUCAGAAUGCGACCCUUACAAAGCAUAAACGCAUUCACAUAAAGAAUGUUAUAUAAUGGAAUUUUUAUUUAAUAAUUAUGUAAUCUUUACAGAUGUUUGAGGUAGCUAUAACGUUUGAAAAUACAAAAUUAAGUAGUCUAUUAUUAAGAUAUUUGAGGUUCUCAGAGAGGUGAAUAUUAAAAAGUUCUGUGUUCUGGGAUAUGACAAUAUGUAAUUUGGUAGAUAGGUACUGACAUUUCAGAGGAACAUUGUGCUUCCAUUUUGACCACAGAACAUUAAGCUGGCUGAAGAAAAACUGUAAGUGAAGGAAGGGCUGAUAUGAUUGAAUCAAUGGAAACCAGCGUUAUUGCACAGGCUAUUUCCAAAGUUAUAUGUCAGUAGGGAAAAAUUUAAGCAUUGGAGGAACGGAGAUGACUGGAGACUCAAGUCACAGGAUAUCAUCUGGCUCAGAUGUUUUACAUUUCUUCAAGGAGUAAAAUUAUAUUUCAGCACCCUGUCACAUUAAUUUAAGCUUAUGUAUAAGUAAAGCGUCUUUUAAUGUAACUGUUUAGUUCUAUAUAAAAUACAUACACAUAUAUAAACAUGAACUUGGUGGUAAAAAUGCCAUUCCACAACUAAAUAUUUGCAUUAUAAAACAGUCUUAUAAUGCAAUAAAAUACAAACUAGGUGGUAAAAAUGACAUUCCACAACUAAAUAAUUCCAUUAUAAGAUUGUUUUACAUGCACAAAACAAGCACACACACAUACAUACAUACAUACAUACAUAUGUAUACAACACAGGAAACACAUGCACACACGCAUGCGCACACAGCACAAAACAAACACAUACAUAUAUGUUUAGAGGAGUAGAUGACACUUGCUCAGGCAGAGCUUGAGUCACAUUGGUGGGUUGUAGGCCAAUGUAGAUGAAUUCCCCCAAAUCUCUCACAUAAUGUAAGGAUUCCAGUUAUGUUGGUGGUGGAGCAUAAGAAACUGCUUCCUUUUGCACAGUCUAGAAGUCUUUGAACUAUGUGGUCAUGAUUGUUGGGAGACAACCUCAGAAAAGGAGGACUUUAUGAGGAGAAUGAUCUUACCUUCCACUGUCUCUGGAGUCCAUGGCAUUUAAAUUCUGUUCAGAAUAACUCACAUUGUCUUUGUUAGCUCUUAUAGUAAGGCAUGGAGAGCAUACUUCUCUUCUCUGCUCAUAUUGUCUUUGGGCUUCCUGGAAUCUAUCAGGAUCCUAACACUUUCAUGUAAAUCUCCUUGGCCGACUUCCCAUGGCUUUCUCCAUCCUACUGGGGAUUUCUUCAGUGGGUAUCGUCAUGGGGGAAACUUCACUGUAUCAGAUCUUUGUCCAAGGCUGAAUAUGAAGUAUCCUCUAACAAUGAAUUGCUCCAGCUCCUGAAGAAUACUGGCAAGCUUAACCUUGUUUUGGCAUUGUAAUUUACUACAGUGCCUGGUUUUGCUGUCUGCUGCAACACAAGAAUCCUUCUUAGUAGAUGAUACAACUGAUCAGGGCCUGGUCAUAAUCAGUGAACCCCCUAAGCAGACAACAACGUAUUCUGAACAACAAAUUGGUUGAUCUCAUUUAGCUUGCACGUGAAAUAGUGAAUCCAGUCACAGGGCAGGUAGAAGCUGAUAUGUUGAAUCCUCCUGGUGGCCUCAGAAUGAAUAUGGUCCUUGAGCUUUAAGAAAUGGGGAAACAUAUCUCUGUCUCUAUGCUACAGUAAGAAUGACUAGGAGCUAAUCAGCCAAGCUUUUUUGAUUUGGAGGAAUUCAGAUCUGCAGGUGUUGCAGAGUAGAUUCUCAAUAGGUCACACAUCCCAGAAGACUGUACUUUUGGUUAUUAUUAAUUUACUAGUAGAGUUUUAUAGCUAAAAUUAUAAAAACGAAUAUACAAGCAACAUGUUCCAGACUUAAUGUUCAUCUUCAAGCUCAGUUCACAUAUACAGAUGAUAGAGUAGAGACUGAAUUAUUUUUAUUUAAAAUUCUGUGUGUUAAUUUAAAAUGUUGGUAUGUUGAAAGAUUAAAACAGAAAGUUGGUAACAAGUAACUAAAACUGCCUAUGACAGAUAUGCGUUUUCUGAUUAUUUUAUAUAAACAGGGCGAGUCUCCUUGGGGGUUGGCGUAUCAGUUGGGCUUCUCCUGUGUCUCUACAGUGAUACAAUCUGUCAGUCCAUCCACAGUCAUUGCAGCCCAUAACAAAGAUGUCUCCAUACUUGGUGAGCUCUUCAAACUCUCGGAAUUCAGUGUUACUUUCUCUGUUGGCUUCCAUUUUCUCUUUCAGGUUUUCUUGGCUGGCCCUUAUUUCCUUUAGGUUGGCAUCCAUUUUUCUUGGUUCUCUGUCAUGGCUUCCAGCCUUACCAUCAUUUCUUCUCUCAUUUCUCUUAGAUCAGCAUCCAUUUCUGGCUGGUUUGCUUACAUUUCUGCUUGGUUGGCAUCCAUUCUGGCCAGCAUUUCCAUUAAUUGUUCCAUUUUUGUAAUAUGGCAUCAUAUUGAUGAUAAUUCAUUAUGUAAAUGUUUAGUUUGAUUUUUUUUCUUAAUGAUAAUGUUUUACUGUUGAUUUCUUUCUAAUGUCUCUUACAAUAUACAGUUCUGUGGCUUUUGCAGUUUUGUACUCAGUCAUGUAAUUGAUGGUUGACAUUAAUAGUAUCAGUCGGUUUCUUAUAUCUGUUACAUAUAAUUUUUGGCAAGUUCUAGGGCUGGUUUGGGCAAAUUACUUGAUCUGACUGCUGAAUCUGCUUUCUAUAAUACAUUUAAUGCAGUGUGUAUGGUAUUAGAGCCCAGUAAUGUUUCAUUGGUGUAAGUAAUAUUUAAUUAUACACAUAUAAGAUCAGGGUAUUGUCAUGGUAUCAAACAUAUAAUAAAAGUUGAUGACUGAUGAGUAAAGUAGGUUAUCUAAUUGUGCUGAGGGUACUGUAAAUAUAUUUCAGCAAAUAAGGCCAAUGUAACAAUGUCAUCAGCUAGGUUUUUGGUUUGUUUCUCUUCAUUGUUAUUGUACUGAAAAUAAUUUUGGCCAGGUUUAUUUCUUUCACAUUGAUUAAUUCAGUAAAAUUCAAUAUAAAUUUUACAGCUGUAUUUAAAUGUCAUGUGUUAUGGAGAUAUAUAUUUCAUUAUUUGAUAUAUUAGACUACAUAUUAUGUCAGAAGCCUGUAUGUGAAAGAGUCUGAACAUGACCAUUUGGACCAAAAAAUAUUGUUUAUAUAUUUAAUAUUAUUCUGAACAUGCAGUUUUUCUAGCCAAUAAAAAAAAUAUUUUGUUGUGCAUAUUAAAUAUUAUAAUUGACCUUUAUGUUGUGGUACUAUUCUACAAUUUGUAUUUAUUAUGUUAAGCCAUCACUACAAAAUCAUUUUUUAAAAUUUGAGGUCUUACACUUCGAAUUUAUUAAAGAUAUUAAUGGUAUAUUUAACAACAGUCUCUCUGAAAUCUCCUGCUUAUAUAUGUACAAAUUCUGCAUAGAGGAAGUGCCACAAAUAUGAAACCUGCAGCAAGUUAUGUGCUAGUUGCAGGACCCUGAACCACUAUAAAUGUAUUCACGCAGGAGAAACUACAUAAAUGCAAAGAAUGCCCAUCAAUAGUCAGUGGACUAUGCAGCGUUAUACCCCAAAAGAUAGAACUCAAUGUAACCACUUUUGUGGAAACCUCAUUGUUCUCUCAGAGUGAGAGGCUUGUCAUAACAGUUGCAUACUGGUGGAAAGUGAUAUACACAUGAAAUCUGUAAAAGUGCUAAUUUUCUCUUACCAUCUUGCAAGGCACAUUUUGGAGAAAACCCAUACAUGAGACAUAUAUAACAAAACUUUUUCACUAAAGGGGAAUCUAUAUGCAAUGUAGCCACUCCCAUCAUGGUGAGAAACCAUAGUAUGAUCGUUCGUAUGAAGCGUAGAUCUGACUAAACACAAACUUCCAAUGGAGAAAAUGCACUUAUAUGUGAGAUCCUUAAAGUGGAAUUGUCGUGAAUAAGCAGUCUUGCAGGCAAUAAUUGAAUUUAAAAUGGAGAGAAGGCAUAAGUAUGAAGUCUUUAAAAUCAUGCACAGAAAUAUCAAUACUGGUAAAAGGUUAUUCAGAUUUGAUGUGUGUAAUAAAUCCCCAUGCAGUUGGCAUCUUAUUGUGCAUAGACACAUUCUCAAAGUAUAAACACACUAUCAUUCAUGUGUACAGUUAACGUGAUGAAACUUUCUCACACAGGAGAAGUUUUAUUCAUGAAUGAAUUUUGCAAUGUCAAAAGCACAUAUUUUAAUGUGAUACUUGUUCAGUCUUUCUUACAAAACAGAUGACUUCCUUCCCAUUGAUGUAUUCACAUUACAGAGGAUGCUACUGAAUGACAUUAUGUUAAUUAAAUUCCUCAUGAAAUAAAAUUUGGCUCACCGCUUAUCAACACACAGGAAAUUAAACAAAUGCAAAUUUAACAUACUAGCAUGUGUUCCAACUUUUUAAAAUUUAAUUUACCCUUAUACUGACAUAGGCUACAUCAUACUGAAUGUGUUCUACACAAUAAAACAUUAUAACUCUUAUCCAGUGUAGUCAAGAAUUCAUGUAUUACACUGUCCCAUGGAUGAAUGCAGUUCUUGUUGGAACUAUCCUGUAUACUCAAAUGUGAGUGAUGUGCACUAGAUAACUGAUGCAUGCCACCUUUACCUGUAAAUAUAACAUUUUGUGAGAAUAAGUAUUUACCUUACAUGUAUGUGAAUAAUUAUCUUGCAGUCUUGGAAAUCAAAAUAAAGGGAAAAAAUAUAUACUACUCUGUCCAAAAAGUAUCUGACCUUGGGCCGGGAAAAAAGUUCUGUAUCUGGUUGG